UCGAUUACAGUGCACGCUGACCACGGAAAAAUGGACGAAGCACCGCCAUCACCACCACAGCCCAGAAGAAAGCGAUUCGUCCCAAAAUAUGAUGUGGACGGAGUGCAUCGGAUCGCUGUCGGCGAAGAAACCCAAAUACAAAUUGAAAUGGUCAUGGGCCAGGACAUAACCCCCCAAAGCCCCUGGAAACUCGUCAGUAAAGCCAAAAUUAUGGAAAACAUAGAUGUCGGCGGCGAACUAUCAGAAUUCUUCCCGUUGAAAGCAGAAUUAGAAGCUUAUACACAAAACGAAGUUCUAAUGGGAUUCAUAGAAGACGACUCCAAUGAUCUCGAUGAAUUCUACGUCUGUACCACUGUCGAAGCAAGAGACCACUGUAAGUUUCAGUCAGAGAAAUUUCUAAAAAGACAGGCAAGGAAAUUACAAAAGGCCGUGGAAAAGAAACCACGUCCUUGGAAGAGUCUUGGAAGUGAAAUAGAGAUUACUGAACUCAUUCCAAUAAAUACUCGGCCGUUUUUAGAGCUUGAAAUAAAAACUGGGUUCCCCACUGUGUACCAGCCAGAGAAAUUCAGUGUCAGAGAUUCGAGUUCCGUUCGAGAUGGUUACUUAGAACUCACACCAUAUAGACAGAGGUUCAACUGUGUGUUUCAACGGAGAAUAGACACAGCGGCUCAAGCAAAUCCAGCUAAAAUAACUAGACAUGCGCAAACUGAUUUGCGAUAUCCGCAAAAUGUCUGGACGCAAUCUAUCGCUGAUGCUCUUGGCGCAAACACUACCGAAGAAGGUGGUGGUGGCGAUACAAAACGUGAAAAAGGUGCCGGUGGUGAUGGUUUUUAUGAAGAUGACGAUGAUGAAGAUAGUGAACCAGAAAAGGAACCGAUAGAUGAAGUCGCACUCAAACCAUUCCGAGACGCUCAAAUACGCAUGCGGCGGGCGUCAUAUAUAAAGCUAAUGACCAAUUUUAUGACUACUAAAGAUCCCGAAUUGGACUCUAUUAUAUCACUUAAUACAGUUAUGGACAUGUAUUGUAACGAUUACCCCAACUUAGUGACUCAGAAAGCCACUGGCGUAGUAUAUGAUUCUAUGACGUUUGAGGAUUAUGUUUGCUUCACGGACGUUAAAGCCAAGAAUAAGUACGUGUCCUCUGCAGUUUUUCAUCCUAUGUGGACUGGAAUUGUCGCCAUUUCCUACGCUGACGCUUCACCUGCUGUGAUGAAAACGUUUAGCACACGUCCUGAUCCAAUCAAAAGGGCGGUGUAUGGGUUGAACCCUGUUAUGAUCUGGAGUCAUAUAGAUAGCUUAUUGCCAAGACUUUACCUCGAAUCUCCGCGCGAAGUGAAGGUGCUUUCAUUUUGCCCUUUUAAUGAAAACAUACUGAUCGGUGGAUGUAUAAACGGUCAAGUUGUUGUUUGGGAUUUGACUAACAAGCUAGAAAAUGUAGAGAAGAUUGAAGUAUUGACUGAAACGAGGGAAAAGUAUCGUAUAGCAAUGAAUGCACAUAUGGGAUGGAUGAAGAGGAUUUCUGAUAAGGCAGUGGUGCCCGCAACUGCGUUGAGCAAUUUGAUGACGAAUCAUUACGGCGCUGUAACUGCCAUCGAGUGGCUCUCACCUAACUUUUUUAUAUCUCAAACUGGAUUCACAGAGCUACUAACUGACGAGAAAAAAUCUUCCAUAUUUUUUACCGGCUCAGAAGAUGGUACAAUAUUAAUUUGGAACCUGUCAGUCGAAAAUGUGGCAGUGUUUGGGGGUAAGAAGGUUAAGAAAUCUCAUCGCGUUGCUAGAAGGCCAUCUGGGUUAUUAGUUGAUGUUUCACCAUUCUGUGUCUUGGAUCGCGUGUUCCAACCCUCUUAUAAAAUUAUACUUGGAAUAACGGGACAACCCGACACGCUUCCACUACAGAGUUUGGCUAUGACCCCUUGCCCGAUUACUUACACUUAUACACCUAAACCUAUUGCGACAGGCAGGAAAUAUUUUUCAUGUUCCAUCUUGCCGCAGAAAGAAGAAGAUCUAAACACAGUAAUGUACUGCGGCUCACAGCACGGAGAGAUGAGAAGAAUUACAUGGGAGGGUCACGCGUUUAAUACUGGAGAACUUGUCAACUCUGAGUACUGCGUCACUAAGUACCGUUGUUACAUUCACGAUGGAAUAAUAACAUGCUCUAAGAAAAAUCCAUUUCUUCAUCAUAUCACCAUGACAGUUGGUGGAAAGAUAAUAGCAAUCUGGUCUGACAAGCUUAUGAAUCGGCCCUUGAUAUGGAAAAAGCGCCCUCACAGAUUAACUGACGGUGUUUGGUCACUUUACAAGCCAAGUCUGCUUUUUAUCACCACGGCUGAAGGUAAUAUGGAGACUUGGGAUUUAUUACUGAGAAGUGAUUUACCUAUUGCAGUACAAACACUCUCCGGCGCACAGCUCACGGGUAUAAACUUACACACGUUACCUUUAGCAAAGAAUAUCAUCGGAGUAAGUGACUCCAAUGGUUCCUUUCAAAUGUUCUUAGACCCACCAAUAUUUAUGAUCGAAAACGAAACUUACAAAGCUCGCGUUGACAGCAUGCUUAGCAGAGAGCUCAACGUAAUGCAAUCGUUUAUAUCAUGGCAAGAUAAUUGGCUGAAACACAAUCCUCAAGUUCUGCUAGAAAUAAAGAGAAAAGAAGGAGCACUGCUGUUAGAAAAGGAGGAACAAAAGAGAAAAGCUAAAGAGGCAGAAGACCAACGGCUAGAAGAGGAAGCGGAAGCGAGAAGACUAGCGAAACAGCGAGUUAUAGGACCGGCAGAAAGAUGGACCAUGAUAGUUAACAAAUUGAUAGAACGAACUAUUGCAGUUAAGAAAAGAAUAAACAAAGCAGAACUCAUUGAACAAGAGAAGCCUCUUCGCGAAUUGGAAGCGCAGCGUUUAGAAAAAGAAAGAAGAAUGCUCGAGAUUAUGAAAAACCAGACAAACAUCUUCAAUGACACCGUGGCUAUCCUAUUUCCUGAGGCUAUAAAAAAGCCACCGAAACCAGCGAAGACGUAUCUACCUCCUAACAAAGGCGCAGUAAAGAGAGAGUAUAUGGAAGACUAUGAAUACUUGAAAGAUUCAGCAAUGAGAACUGUGAAAGAAAAUCCAUACCACGCGUCUUUCUCAUGGGAAGCCACUCUGAGCGAAGGAAAGGAGAGACGCGAAGCGCUAAACACUUAUGAGGAAUAUCUUAACGUGCAUAAAGCUAGACUUAACUUUGAAGUGGAAAAGUUGACGGUACAGCCACAGCCGCAAAAAGAGCGUAAGAAACUGAGGUCAAAAGAUGUUUCCACCGUUGAGUUUAGUGAGGCGGCGACAGAGACGUGA